GGGCACAGGUGGAUGGCACUGGUGGGCACAGGUGGGUGGCACUGGUGGGCACAGGUGGGUGGGCACAGAUGGGUGGGCACAGGUGGGUGGCACUGCUGGGCACAUGUGGGGGCACUGCUUGGCACAGGUGGGGGCACUGCUGGGCACAGGUGGGUGGGGCUAGUGGGCGCACUGCUGGGCGGAACUUGCGGGUGUCACUGCUGGGCACCAAUCAUCAGGGCACUGAUCAUCAGUGCCCUGAUGAUCGGUGCCGAUCCCCGCUCUGACAACUGCCGGUUCUCGGCAGUACUUUCCUCACGAUCUGACAGCGUGAGGAAAGUGCAGCCAAGAACCGGCACUUGC